UCCACAUUCGUCGCUUUGACCGAGUGUCAAACACGUUUUCAGCCAAAUCAACGUUCUUCGAUUUAUAUCCCAACAAAGGCGCUCGUCUUUUCACGCAAAUCCCAUUCUUUCUCAUCCUGAAUGAGGAAUAAAUAAACAUCGAAUUAUUCAUGUCUGAACCACCUUCAGGGGAUUCUGCCGGAGCGGGAGGUUAUGGAGCCUUUUACCCGGCGGGAUACCAGACGUUUCAACCGGAGGAGCACGGCCUAGACCGCGGCUUCCGACUGACGGCCUUCUCUGAUCUGAAAGGAUGAGGCUGCAAAGUCCCGCAGGAGGCUCUGCUCAAACUCCUGCAGGGACUGGAGCCCGACCGCCCGCCCGGAGAGGAUGGCGGCUCGGGCUCGGGGGCUGGAGACGAGACCGCUGAAUUCGGCCAACUUGUUUCAGCAUCACAGGGUCCGAGACUAGGUAUAGGAAUGGACUCGUGUGUCAUCCCUCUGAGACAUGGAGGUUUGUCCCUGGUUCAAACCACAGAUUUCUUCUAUCCUUUAGUGGAGGAUCCCUAUAUGAUGGGCCGAAUUGCCUGUGCGAAUGUGUUGAGUGAUCUUUAUGCCAUGGGCAUCACAGAGUGCGAUAACAUGCUUAUGCUUCUUAGCGUCAGUCAGAAGAUGAAUGAGAAGGAGAGAGAGCAGGUGAUGCCUUUGAUGAUGAAGGGCUUCCGGGAUGCGGCAGAGGAGGGUGGGACCUCAGUAACUGGAGGACAAACAGUCAUAAAUCCCUGGAUCAUAAUCGGAGGGGUGGCCUCUGUUGUGUGCCAGCCCGGUGAAUUCAUCAUGCCUGACAGUGCUGUACCUGGAGAUGUGUUGGUUCUUACAAAGCCUCUGGGAACUCAAGUUGCAGUGAAUGCACAUCAGUGGAUGGAUAUACCAGAGAAAUGGAAUAAGGUAAAGCUGGUGAUCACCAAAGAAGAGGUGGAGCAUGCUUAUCAGGAGGCCAUGCUCAACAUGGCCACCCUCAAUCGCACAGCUGCUGCUUUAAUGCACAAAUUUAAUGCACACGCUGCCACAGACAUCACAGGCUUUGGGAUCAUUGGACAUGCAAGUAAUCUCGCCCAGCAGCAGCGAAAUGAUGUUGCCUUUGUCAUUCACAACCUUCCUAUUAUUGCUAAAAUGGCCGCAGUGAGCAAAGCUUGCGGCAACUUGUUUGGGCUUUUGCAAGGAACCUCAUCUGAAACAUCAGGUGGUUUGUUGAUCUGCCUGCCAAGGGAGCAGGCGGCUCGAUUCUGCGCCGAGAUGAAGUCCAGUCGUUUGGGUUUUUCAGGAGCACUUGGGCAGGAUGGCGGACCAGGCGAUGGGCAACAGGCAUGGAUCAUUGGCAUAGUGGAGAAGGGUAAUCGCUGUGCUCGCAUUAUCGACAAACCUCGAAUCAUAGAGGUGCCGUACCGCGGGUCAGUGAUUGGCACACAGGAGAGCAGCAACAACAAUGCGAGUCCUCAUGAGGUGCAGUUGACAUAACUCUGCACAACUGUGAAGGGACUAUAAUCUGUCAUAAAUCAUCAUUUAGUUCUUUUAUUUUCUCCUGUCUUAUUGGUGGGCUUGAUAGAUUUUUGUGUGUGUAUGGUCAUGUCAUAGACAUAGUGUUUGUGAGUCAAUGAUAGGACAUACAAAAGACAAAAAGAAUAGGUGAAUAGGUCAUUUUGAUGUCCAUUUCCUCCCCCUGUUCAACCGAAGGGUUGAGAGCGACAGACCAAAAAUGUUUUAAUUUACCUGGUGGGAGAUGGAAUGGACAACAAACUUCAUUCUCAUUCUUACACACGCACGCCCAACUCUGUCAUCUGAAGCCUUAGAUCUUUAAUUUUUGAUUUAUGUAUACAAGUUUUUUUUUUUUACUGUUGUUCUAAUUUCGAUUUCCUCUUGGAGAAUUUUGACCAAAACCAUAUUUUUUCUCCAAAAAUGAGUCUUACAUUUAUAACAUCUGGGUCUUUCAAAAAAAUUAGGUGGCAGUUCCCAAGAACCGGUACAAUAAAACAGCCUCUAUUUGUCAACAUUAGUUAACUAUUAGUUAACAUGAACAAUUGUUUAUAGUUUAGCUUCAACAAAGAGGAAUAAGUGCUGUUAAAAGCAUUAACUAAUGUAACAAAUGGAACUUUAUUGUAUAUUGUUAAAGGAGUAGUUCACCUUAAAAAUGAGAAUCCUGUCAUCAUUUAAAUGCCCUCUUGUCAUUUCAAACCUGUAUGACUUUCUAUUUUUUACCGAACACAAAAUAAGAUAUUUGAAAAAAAUGUUCGUAACAGAAUAGCACAGCCCCCCCCCCCAAUUCACUUCUAUUAUAACCAAUGCAAGUGAAUGGAGGGUUGUUAACAACCUUCUUCAAAAUAUCUUCUGAAAUAAGAAAGUCAUACAGGUUUGAAAUGACCAGGAGGUGAGUAAAUGAUGACAUAAUUUUCAUUUUGAUUUUUUCUUUUGACAAACUUUCCCAACAAGUCAGAAAGACAAAAAUUGUAAAAUGACAAUCAAAGCUAAAGUGUUUAGCUAUUUGUCUAUUCAGCUAUCUGAGAAAUUGAGGACUGAAUGAUCAGAAAUAUUGAUUUCAUUGUGAUAUUUAAUGGUACAAUCAAUUAUUAUUUUUUUGUGAAAGAUUCAGAUAUCCAAAUUGUGAUGGUGUUUAUUUUGUAUUGUCCACUUAAAUCGUAUUCAUAACACUGUAAUAAGUUUACUGUAGAAAAACACAAGUCACAUGCCUAGUGAAAUAAGAUUAAAGUUCGUUCUUUGGUCAUUUUCCUAUCUAGAAUAACCUUAUAUGAAGUGCUGGUUAGAUUGGGGUUUAGCAGUAGCUUAAUCAUUUGAUUCACUAUGGACGACCUUUGUCAUGGUUUUAGGAAGGUUUUCCGAGAAGUCAUUUUGAACAAUUUGCAGAGUGUGUUCAUAAUAUAUGAAUGAUGUGCAUCACUCAUUUGAUCCAUAUCUAAAAAAUAGGUACUCUGGUUUUGCACCGCGUAACUGAUAAAGGAUUGAGCAGCUUUCAUCAGUUCAGUGGGUGAUCCCAGAAUCCCUAUUCUUGCAUUUGAAUGGCUGCAGCAGAGCACCAGUGUCUGAUGUCCUUUUUUAUGAUGCCUCGCUUUUUAACCCCAGCUAAUGGGACAGGUGAGGUUGAUGUAAGCAGAAAGGAAAGGAUAAGCUGAUCUACCAAGUCCAUUCACCUGCAGUGAUUGUCAUUGCAAUUUCAAUCAUGAAAUGUUGUUCAAUAAAAUUGUAAUUUUGUCUAA